AUGCCGCAGCUGAACGGCGGUGGAGGGGAUGACCUGGGCGCCAACGACGAACUGAUCUCCUUCAAAGACGAGGGCGAGCAGGAGGAGAAGAGCUCCGAAAACUCCUCGGCGGAGAGGGACUUAGCUGAUGUCAAGUCGUCUCUCGUCAAUGAAUCAGAAACGAAUCAAAACAGCUCCUCCGAUUCCGAGGCGGAAAGACGGCCUCCGCCUCGCGCCGAAAGUUUCCGAGAGAAAUCCCGGGAAAGUUUGGAAGAAGCGGCCAAGAGGCAAGAUGGAGGGCUCUUUAAGGGGCCACCGUAUCCCGGCUACCCCUUCAUCAUGAUCCCCGACCUGACGAGCCCCUACCUCCCCAACGGAUCGCUGUCGCCCACCGCCCGGACCCUCCAUUUUCAGUCCGGCAGCACACAUUACUCUGCGUACAAAACGAUUGAACACCAGAUUGCAAUUCAGUAUCUCCAAAUGAAAUGGCCACUACUUGAUGUCCAGGCGGGGAGCCUCCAGAGUAGACAAGCCCUCAAGGAUGCCCGGUCCCCAUCGCCGGCACACAUCGUUUCGAACAAAGUGCCAGUGGUGCAGCACCCUCACCAUGUCCACCCCCUCACGCCUCUCAUCACCUACAGCAACGAACACUUCACCCCGGGAAACCCACCUCCACACUUACCAGCCGACGUAGACCCCAAAACAGGAAUCCCACGGCCUCCACACCCUCCAGAUAUAUCUCCGUAUUACCCACUGUCUCCUGGCACCGUAGGACAAAUCCCCCAUCCGCUAGGAUGGUUAGUACCACAGCAGGGUCAACCAGUGUACCCAAUCACAACAGGAGGAUUCAGACACCCUUACCCCACAGCUCUGACUGUCAACGCUUCCAUGUCCAGGUUCCCUCCCCACAUGGUCCCACCACAUCAUACUCUACACACGACUGGCAUUCCCCAUCCGGCUAUAGUCACACCAACAGUCAAACAGGAAUCCUCCCAGAGUGACGUCGGCUCACUCCAUAGCUCAAAGCAUCAGGACUCCAAAAAGGAAGAAGAAAAGAAGAAGCCCCACAUAAAGAAACCUCUUAACGCAUUCAUGUUGUAUAUGAAGGAAAUGAGAGCGAAGGUCGUCGCUGAGUGCACAUUGAAAGAAAGCGCAGCCAUCAACCAGAUCCUCGGGCGCAGGUGGCAUGCACUGUCCAGAGAAGAGCAAGCGAAAUACUACGAGCUGGCCCGGAAGGAGCGACAGCUUCACAUGCAGCUGUACCCCGGCUGGUCCGCGCGGGAUAACUAUGGGAAGAAGAAAAAGAGGAAAAGGGACAAGCAGCCAGGAGAGACCAACGACCUGAGCGCUCCUAAGAAAUGCCGAGCGCGCUUUGGCCUUGAUCAACAGAAUAACUGGUGCGGCCCUUGCAGGAGAAAAAAAAAGUGCGUUCGCUACAUACAAGGUGAAGGCAGCUGCCUCAGCCCACCCUCUUCAGAUGGAAGCUUACUAGAUUCGCCUCCCCCCUCCCCACACCUGCUAGGCUCCCCUCCCCGAGACGCCAAGCCACAGACUGAGCAGACCCAGCCGCUCUCGCUGUCCCUGAAGCCCGACCCCCUGGCCCACCUGUCUAUGAUGCCUCCGCCGCCCGCCCUCCUGCUGGCCGAGGCCACCCAUGGCAAGGCCUCUGCCCUCUGUCCCAACGGGGCCCUGGACCUGCCUCCCGUCGCCCCAGCCUCCUCGCUUGCACAGCCGUCGACAUCUUCCUUACAUUCCCACAGCUCUCUGGCCGGGACCCAGCCCCAGCCACUGUCCCUGGUCACUAAGUCUUUAGAAUAGCUUUAGCUUCGUUAGCCCCGGUCGGUUGGAUUGAGUGUCCUGUUUCGCUUCUCUUGGUUUGCCCCCCCUUUGAAAGUCUUUUGUUUUGUACUCUUUUAAUUUUGUGCCACGUGGCUACAUUAGUUGAUGUUUAUCGAGUUCAUUGGUCAAUAUUUGACCCACUCUUAUUUCAAUUU